UUUUUUCUUUCAUUGAAGGCAUCGACUGCUAUGGUCAUUAGCCUCUAACCUAACCAUCACCGGACAUGUACAACAUCCAUGACCUAGCCAGGAUUCGAACCCGGUACCUUCGGCACCACAGUCGACAUCUCUGUCCACUGCACUACCGAGGUAGUCUGAUUAGAGAAUUGAAAAGAUAAUAAUGCAGAACCCCAAGUGGUCAUGAAAUCCGGCAACGUAAAGCGAACGCCGACAAGCCUGAUGAGUUCUUGAAAACUUCACUUUCACUUUGAAAAUGUGUGCAGUAAAACUGUCUGCGCGAAAAUUUGAAUUACACUUCUCAGUUUAGUUUUUAGUGGUGUUUCCGAAUAUCGAAACAGAUUUUCAAAAUUCCGAUGUACAGGGUGUUGUUACGAGGAUUCAAACUAUUCAUAAUUUUUUGUUAACCAGGACCUGAAUUUUCGAGGUGGUUAUUGCAUGAUACGUUUGGGCUCUCAAUUAGGAACAUAUUUGCCAAAUAUGAAGAAAAUAUACUGGGUGGUUCGUUUGAAAUGGCCUCUGAAAGGAACGGGCAAAACGCAUAAAACACUCUGUAUCUCGCCUACGAAGACUGUAAGACCCAAUGAAUGGGGUAUCUCCAGAAUCGCCUUGGUGUCAACUAAGCACCUAUGAAGUAUUUCCGUUUCCCAAUGAAACACCCUGUAUACGCGAAAUUUGCAGGGAAGGUUCGGAUCUCCAAUGCCGCAGUUGAGUUCGUUUAAUAAGCAGAACCUGAAUAGGGGUUCCGUAAAUAUGGCCGUUCGAAAUUUUGUAUUUUGUGAAUUUCGAAACCAAAGUCACAUUUGCGAGGGAAAUUUGCAUUCAGAUGUAGAAUGACCAUAUAAAGCUUCGUGCGAAAUAUCUUGUUGAUCACUUGAUCAGAACCAUAGAAACUCUGUUACCACAGAACUGACGUUGAGUUGAGAUUUUGGGUAUUGAUAUAAAAUAGCAAUGCUAAGCUCCUCGCCAAAUUUCAAGCUUAUCGCAUAAUGAGAACCAUAAAAAAUUAACCAUAGAAAAUUCAAGAAGAAUAUUGGAUAUUAAAAACUUGAUAUCUCUGUGAUUACAGAUCUGAUCAGAUGGAGAUUUCGCGUGUAUACAUAAAAUGAUCAUUCGAGACUGCGUGCACAAUUUCGUGCGGAUAGCAUAAACAGAACAAUAGAAAAUUCAAGAAGAAUUAAAAAAAUGUACACCUAAUAUAUAAGUUACAACAAAUUUGCUCGAGUUGAAAUUUUGCCUGAAUAUAUAAAUUAUCAAUUUUGAUCUUCAUGCAAAAUUUCGUGUGAAUAGAGGCUUCUACAUAAAAUUCAAGCAGAAUAUUGAAAAUAUUAAAGUCCGGCUUGAAAAGACUCCUCGGGGUCGGUAUAGAGAUGAUUCAGAUAUAGGUACAUCUUUUUAAUGUUGAAUUUCGGGACCGUAACCAGAUGUCUUCAAUCCAUAUAGUGAAUUCUCCAGUUAUCGGCAAUACAAGGGUUGUAAAUAAAUGUUUACACCACGUCUGGUGUUUUCUUCAAGAUGUGGAUGAUGAUAUUCCCCCUCUUAUCGAAUUUUUGCUGCAAGAGCCCUAGUACAGCGUUGCCGUUCGUACGAUAAUUAUCGUUUUGUACGAUAAUUUGCUGCUCAAUUCUAUGUACGAUAUCGCAUGUACGAUAAUAGCGUUUUGUACGAUAAUUUCAGUGUACCUAUCAUUUGAGCUAAAGUGUCAAUAGAUACUCAAAAUAUAAUGAAACUCAGUAUGACCAGAUUUAGUUGAUAUCCAAUUUUUCAGUAGAUUAUUGCAUUUUCAGGAAGUUUUUAAUAGGAAGAAAUCAUUUGAUAGAUUUUAGUAGUUUCAAAAAAUCUAACCGAGACGGUUGGGAAUGUCUAGACUCAAGAAUGUUCCGAUGAAUCAAUUCAUAUUCAAUAUAAUAUACUUUUCAAUUGAAAAGGGCGUAUCUGCAAAAUAGCACAUUUGGGAUAUUUGUCUUUGAAGACUUUCAUUUCAUCCACAGAUUCAAUUGAAUUAAUAUGAAGAAAAAAUAAAUGAUAAUGCAUGUUAAUUAAAUUUAAUCUGUAGAUGGCACAAAUGAAAGUAUUUAAAGUUCAAUCAAUAUCCCAAAAGUGAUUUUUUGUAGAUACGCACGCACUUCUCAAUUCAAACGUCAGUAUAGAUUCAUCAUAUUCCAAUCUGAUCACGCUGAUGAAACUGUUGAAAUGAUGUUCGAUCAAUACAUUGCUUUCCGGAAAUAAAGAGGAUCUUAUACGAAUUCAAUACAGUAAUUACAAUAUCUUAUGCAUAAUGGACCUGUACUUAGCAACUCUCAUGCUUGUAGACACCUCUGAUAAUGCUUUGUCGGCAUUAUCCAUAACAGAAUUACGGUUCGUUUUAUGGGUCGGCUUUAAAAUUCAGUAAAGACGGAUAACUUUUUUGACCGUUAUGCAAAUUUAGGUAGCUAUUAUUUGAAAGCGUUGAAUAUUUUGCAAUAACCUGGACCACUUUAGGAAUCACUGGCCUGGCGUAUACCGAUGACGAAUACAAAAAUCACAUUUGGCAAAACCAGAGGCAACGCCGACAAAGUGGAUAUACAAAGGAUAAUAAUAAAUCUCGAAAAUAGACGUGCUCGUAGGGAAAUAAAAAUAAUUAUCUUGAAAGCGAUAAUAAACUAAUAAACUCUGAAGGGUGCGAUUUUCGACUGCCUUGAAGAUUUCAAAGGAAAGUAAAAUGAUUAUUGGUUCAUUUUUAUGGAAAAAAAUUUCGUUUUUCGUUUCUGCAAGAAUUCUGAAAUUUCAUAUUUUGAAAAUCUUGGGAGGGGUAAUUACUAUAUAAUACUAGUACUCUUCACUAUUUCUAUACGGUCUUGCUUACUGACUGACUGAUAUUUGUACGUUUUUGAGACUCAAUUAUUAAGUGAAGUUAGUGAAGGUGUUUGAAGUUUUUUUAUAAGUUAUAUUUGCCUUUGACCUAAGGACUUUUUGUUUAUUCAGUUAUUAAAGGUAAGAGCUUAAUAUACAAUUCGAUAUUUUUCAACCUUAAAAUUACUUUUUUGAAGAUAUAAAACUUGAAAACGAUUUAUAUUUGAAUGUAUUAGAUUUUUGUGUAUAACCAAUAUCGGGUGUUUCAUGUCAUCGUAUAUAGGCAAAAUCUCGCUCAUUUGACGAGAUAAUAAAAAAAUUUCUGUUACUAGGGCCUAGUAACAGUUGGAAUAAUACAGAUCUAUUCUGAAUUUCUCCAAGUGAAUAUUAGAACUCUGAAAAUAGACGAGCAGAUAAAUUCGAUUUUUUUAAUCUGAAGUUGGUUGUGUUGUGAAUAUUUCGGAGUGAAAACUUGUGUUUGAAUAUUUCGAUCUUUUUGUAAGGAAAGCAAAAAUGUUUGGUCUAGUUCAUUUUCCCGACCAGACUUACGGAAUAUAUUCAAUGAAAAAUAUUUCAAAGAAAAAAGGAGAUAAUAAUGCCUGCAUUGUAAAACAUAGAGGUGCCAAAUAUGAAGCAGUACUGAUAACAGAAAAAGAGAAAAAAGAAGAACUGAGGGUACUUCAAGAUGAAAUGGUUGGACAGCUAAAAUCAGUAAAGAAAUCUGUAAGCGAUAAUAAUUUCACUGAUUCGAAAAUUGGAGAAAAAUAUGUGGAUAUGGACAGACCAUCUACUUCCUCCAUCAACCAUAAAUAUGUUUCCUCCGUUGUUAAAAAAGAUGAAGAAAGUAGUGAUGAAGCAAUUCAAGAGCAAAGAGAAGAACAGAGGAUUCUUCAAGAUGAAACGCUCGAACAAAGAGAAUCAGUAGAAAAAUCUAUAGGCAAUAAUCAUUCCACUGAUUCAAAAAUUGGAAAAAAAUAUGUGGAUAUGGAAAGACCAUCUACUUCCUCCAUCAACCAUGAAUAUGUUUCCACCGUUGAGGGUAGAGAUGAACAAAGUAGUGAUGAAGCAAUUCAAGAGCAAAGAGAAGAACAGAGGAUUCUUCAAGAAGAAACGCUCGAACAAAGAGAAUCAGUAGAAAAAUCUAUAGGCGAUAAUCAUUCCACUGAUUCAAAAAUUGGAAAAAAAUAUGUGGAUAUGGACAGACCAUCUACUUCCUCCAUCAACCAUGAAUAUGUUUCCACCGUUGAGGGUAGAGAUGAACAAAGUAGUGACGGAGCAUUUCAAGAGAAAAUAAUUAUAGAAGAUAUAUUGCUUAAUCCGCGGAGAUCGCCAGAAAAAUCUCUAGUCUAUGAGGAUUUCAAUGAUUUUUCAAUUGGAACAGAAUAUGUGGAAAUUAACCGAUCAUCUACUUCUCUUAUGAAGAACUUCGAUGAUACUGUUUUCUCCACUGUUUGUGGAGAGGAGGAAGACAGAUAUGCAGAAUUUCAAGAUAAUAGUACCAUGGAAGCUUCAGAUAUGAAUGUUGACAAAAACAAACAGAGUAUUAUGCAACAUCAUGGAAUACCAGUUCAAGUGGAACCUGAAGAUGAGAUAGAAUUAUCAGUUUAUGGAGACAAUUCUGAUGAUGAUUCAGAUUAUAAUUUAUCUACUUAUUCAGAAACGCAAUCUGAUAACUCACGAGAUGGCAGUCGGAGCUCAACACCAUGUUCCUUUCUAUCUGAAAUGGAUCUGAAUAUUGAGGAGAAAACGCAACCGAAUGGGUCCAAUAAUAAUUCCCUCUCGAAAAGCAUCCAAGUUCAUUUAUCUGCCUCGUUAAACGAACCAGGGUGCGAUGAUGAAAAUAUGAUGGUAACUGAGUCCCGCGGAAGAAAAGGAGACAAGAAGGCAAAUUUUUGUUUCUACUGCCAUACGAAACAGCAAAAAAUCUCACGACACCUAGAGAAUAAACACAGCGGUGAGGAGGAGGUGAAAAAAUUUAUUAUGUUACCAAAAGGUAACGUAGAAAGGGCCAAGAUUAUUGGUCAGAUAAGAAAAAGGGGAAAUUUCCUUUUUAAUACGAAUGAGAAUUUAAAUGAUGGUGAGCUGAUUGUGGCGCGACGGCCUAAAAGCAGCAGGAAUAAAAGUGGUAGGGAUUACAGUGCAUGUGCAAACUGUAAGGGAUUUUUCUCAAAAGCCACCCUUCGAGUGCAUUUCAGAUCCUGCACAGGCAUUGAUUCCGACAUUAAAAGAUUGCCAAAUUUGCUAAGUAAAAAAAUCACAUCAAGAAUACAUCCUAUGGCAUCAAUAACUGUGAGAAAUCAUUUAUUCCCACCGCUGAGGGAGGAUGAUGUAUGUAGAGCAAUCAGAUAUGAUGAACUCAUCAUCAUUUAUGCUAACAAAAUGGUGGAAAAAUAUAGAGAACCGAGACAUUUCCAAAUGAUAAGGCAGAGAUUACGAUUAAUUGGUAAUUUCCUCAUUAAAAUGAAGGCACUGAGUAAGGAAAUAAAUAAUUUAGCCUCUAUAUAUGACCCAAAAUUUGUAGACAUGGUUUUAUCUGCUAUAAAUAUGUGUGCCCGGUACACUGAAACUACGAACUGCUUCGAAGCUCCUUCGGUAGCGUUCAGUUUGGGCACACUGCUGAAGCAGAUUGGCAAUUUAUUAAUAACAGAGUGCAUUAAAAACCACAAGGAAGAAAUGCGAAAAAAUGCUAAAUAUUUCUUGAAAGUUUUCGCUCAAGAAGUGAACAUAAAUGUAAACAGAACUGUUGCUGAAACUCAACUGAAAAUGAGUAGAACAAAAACAGUUAUGCUACCCACAAUGGGCGACAUAAAAAAACUCAGCGACUAUUUGACCAAGAAGAGAAAAGACGCCCUUGAGAAAUUGAAAAUUUGCUUCUCGUCAUUGGCCUGGAUAGACUUAGCAGAGGCAACGCUAACGUCUAUCCAGGUUUUCAAUAGACGACGCGCUGGAGAAGUCGAGAGAAUUAGCAUUACCGAAUUUGAAAAAUACGAAACGAUUGAGAGAAGUAAUAAUGAUCUAUUUCAAUCACUUUCAGAGAAAUCAAAAGAAAUUGCAAAAAAAUAUGUUCGAUUCACUAUAAGGGGCAAGUUGAAUCGGACGGUUCCUGUUCUAUUGGAUACUCAUUUAUGUGAGUGCAUCCAAUUAAUAAUAAAAAACAGAACAAAUAUGAGGGUCCACAAGAGUAACCCUUAUGUAUUCGGUACACCAGGGUCGGAUACAAAAAAGCAUCCACAUCUGAGUGCCUGCACUUUGAUGAGGAAAUUCUCUGAAGCUUGUGGUGCUGAGCACCCGACAAGACUACGUGGCACCAAUUUGAGGAAACAUAUAGCCACUACGUGUAUUACUUUGAAUCUUGAAAAUCAAGACGUAGUGGAUUUGUCGAACUUCAUGGGCCAUUCGGAGAAGAUACACAAGGGCAUUUAUCGUCAGCCCAUUAUAAGUAGGGACAUUUUGGGCAUUUCACAACUCCUGCAAACAGCUCAAGGAGAAAAUGAAAAUGCAAGCAGUGAUGACUCCGAAAAUGAGGUUGUCAAUGAUGAAGAACCAAUUCCUACAAAUGAAAUCAAUUCAACAGGAGGAACUCCAAAUCUUAGUGGGGGGAAUAGGAGGAAUUCCAGCAAAGCCCAUACCCUAUCUGGCACCCUCAAAAGAGUGAGGUGGACCCAAGAGGAGAAGGAUGCUAUUUUCCGUAUUUUCGGAGAAUAUAUGAAUAGAAAAGCUCUACCUCCUUUGAAAGUGAUACAAACAGUGAUAAAAGAAACUCCUGUUCUUCAGAAUCGCACGUCACCACAAAUAAAGACAUGGAUUCACAAUCAGCUGAAGGGCUCCAAGAAGAAACUUUCAUUUUCAAACUGAAUAUUUGUGAUAUUUUUAAUUUAUACAUAGUCAUUCGUUUUUAUUCAUAUUUAUUUAUUUUUUCAUAUAUUUAUUUACUUUUCAAGAAAGUUGUUUAUGUUUCUUCAUUUUCAUUCAUUUAUUUUCAUUUAUAUUUGUUCGUUUUAUUUAGAGAUUUAUUUAUGUUCCUUUGAAAUUCAUUUAUUUGUAUUCUUAAGAUUUUUUCAAGAUGGUGUUUCUUUCGAAACACUUCAUUUACAAUUGAAGUUUAUUAUUUUUCUUAAUCAAAAACCAAAGAAAAACCGAAUAUUUUAUUGUCACCAUAUUUUUAUGCCUUCAACUGGAAAUUCCUAACUAGAUAUUACAGAAGAACUAGGUCGACUAGAAAUUUGGAAAUGGAGAUUAGAAUAUUUAUCAUUCCUGGCUCUUUCGUACAUAUAGAGAAGAUAUUUAAAUUUGAAAAGAAUUAUGAUUCCCUUGACUUCCUCAUUAUUUAAAAUACUUUACCCAAUAAUUUAACUUCACCUUAUUUUUAUGACCUUUAACUGGGAAUACUCAAGUUCAAUCAAGAAGUUACUGAGGAACUGGGUCGACUAGAAAUUUGAAAAUUGAGAUUAGAAUACUUUCUCAAUCUAGGCUCUUUCGGUUAUACAGAGGAUCAAAAAAAUGUUCAUAACGGCGACCCCCCCCCAAUUUAAAGGCUAGGAUCGCCCUUGUCAUAAAUGCAAUUUCUGUAACGAAACUACAAUGAAAUAUAUUUUCGAAAAUAAAAUAAUCCUCAUAUUAAGA